UUUGUUUUCAACUUCAUAACGGGGGCCACCACAGACUCCACUCUCUGACGUCCGCAUCUGGCUUUUUUAAUGUGCAUUCCUCACUCUCCUUCUUCACCAUCAUCUUCAUCAUCAGCGAGGAAACCAAUCUCGAGCAUCGAGAGCGACUGCGAGGGGGAUGCAGCUUUCAUUUUUCUCCCUUUUUGCUCACCGCACCCCCUGACACCCACCUCUCGACACCAGCCCGACGUUUCCAGCUGAAGGAGGUUUAAAAAAGAAGGCAAAGGAAGAGAAGAAAAAGCCCUUAAAACAACAGAGAGAGAGAGGAGCAUCCCCCCCCUCUCUCCCUCCCCCUCCUCCUCCUCCUCCUCCUCAUCAUCAUCAUCAUCACCAGCAUGGCUCAUCCGCACCUUCGGACUGGGAAUCCGCAACAGCGAGAGUAAAAAAAGGGAAGGAAGAAGAGGAAAAAAGAAGAAGACGGUUCUUUUCUUUCUCUUUUGGUUCUUUCCUCUCCCUCUCUCCCCCUUUCUUCCUCCUCACCACCGCUAACCCCCCCCCCUCCUCUUCCUCCUUGAUUUGCCUUCGUGCUUUGGCUCCAGGAGACUUUUUUUUUUCUUUUUUUCAGCACUUUUUCAAAACUCCCCUCCAUUUACCACCCCCCCCCCCCCCUUCAAAAAAGGAAAAAAACAACAACAACAGAAGAAGAAUCUGAGGAAGAUGUGUAAUGCUGCUGUGGCCGAGGGGGUCUGGGACCUGCACGGAUUUCCAUAGCCGAGGAAAGGAAAACAUAAAAAAAAGAAAAAGAAAAAAAAAAAACAGCUGGGACCCAUCACACCUCUGUCUCCACUCCAAUGCCUCUUUCUGUUUUUUAAUAUUUCCUUUUCUUUCAUGGCCAUCACACAUGUGUGUGUGUAGUUGCUUGGGUUUUGAUUUAAGCUCUUGAUUUGGCCUCUUUUUUAUUCUCCUUCCCACUGUGUGGAUUUUUUUUUGUUUUUGUUUUUUUUUUUUACUUUUUUUUCUCUCAUUUAUUAGUAGAAUUCCCUCUCAUUUUGGAACCACUGGAGGCUGGAUUACUGAAAGUGCAUUAAACGGAUUUUUGUGGAAAUGUUGGGUCCUCAGGAAGACAAACUAUGUGGAUUGCUUUCUGCUCUGACGGUGCUGUCAUCUAUCUGCUUCAUACAAUGCACAUCCACUGGAUCUGGAAUAUCUGUGGCCAAGUCAACAGUGGACAAACUGCUGAAGGGGUAUGACAUCCGUCUGCGGCCAGAUUUUGGAGGUCCCCCAGUCAUUGUGGGAAUGAGCAUAAACAUCGCCAGCAUCGACUCAAUCUCGGAGGUCAACAUGGACUACACCAUCACCAUGUAUUUCCAGCAGAGUUGGCGGGACAAGCGACUGGCCUAUGUGGAGAUGCCGCUCAAUCUGACCCUGGACAACCGUGUGGCUGAUCAGUUGUGGCUGCCAGAUACUUAUUUCCUGAACGACAAGAAGUCCUUCCUGCAUGGCGUGACGGUAAAGAACCGUAUGAUCCGGCUCCACCCUGACGGCACGGUUCUGUAUGGGCUGAGAAUAACCACCACGGCUGCGUGUAUGAUGGAUCUGAGGAGAUACCCCCUGGACGAACAGAACUGCACCCUGGAGAUUGAGAGCUAUGGAUACACCACAGAUGACAUCGUGUUCUUCUGGCAAGGCGGGAAGAACGCUGUAACAGGUGUGGACAAACUGGAGCUGCCGCAGUUCUCCAUUGUGGAGCUACAUCUUGUCUCCAGAGAAGUGAGAUUUACCACAGGUUCGUAUCCCCGGCUGUCGCUGAGUUUCCGCAUCAAGAGGAACAUUGGCUACUUCAUAUUGCAGACCUACAUGCCCUCUAUCCUGAUCACCAUCCUGUCCUGGGUCUCCUUCUGGAUUAACUAUGAUGCCUCCGCUGCUCGGGUGGCCCUGGGGGUUACCACGGUGCUCACUAUGACAACCAUUAACACCCACCUGCGGGAGACCCUCCCAAAGAUCCCCUACGUGAAAGCCAUCGAUGUCUACCUCAUGGGCUGCUUCGUUUUCGUGUUCCUGGCCCUGCUCGAAUAUGCCUUCGUAAACUACGUGUUCUUCGGACGAGGACCCCAGCAGCAGAAGAAAAUCAACGAGAGGCUCAACAAAGCCAACAAUGAACGUUCCCGUUACGAGGACAAACGUCUGAGAGAACAGGACUCCAUUUCAGCGCCGUUUCAAACCAACACCCUCAGGUCAUAUACACAACGAAGAAAUCUGUAUCUCGAGGAACAAAGAAAAGUCGGGGUGGACGCUUACGGCAACAUCCUGCUCACCACCCUGGAGAUGAACAACGAGGUGAUGCCGUCGGACGUGGGCAGCAGCGUGAGCGACUCGCGGAACUCCGUCAUGUCCUUCGACAGCUCUGGCGUGCAGUUCCGCAAGCCCAUGGCCUCGCGGGACGGCUUCGGCCACCACUCGCUGGACCGCAGUGCCAUGCGCAGCCGUGCCAACUGCCGGCUACGGAGGCGCUCGUCCAAGCUCAAGCUCAAAAUCCCCAACCUGACGGAUGUCAGCACCAUUGACAAGUGGUCCCGGGUGAUUUUCCCCAUCACGUUUGGAUUCUUCAACCUUAUCUACUGGUUGUACUACGUGAAUUGAUGCGCGUCCUCCUAGGAAACAUGGGCCAUAUUUUGAGAGCACAUUGAAUUGGCUUUGAUACAAUUGGGAAAAUAUGUAUACACAUAUAGGAAAAAGUUCAUACAUAUGUAUAUGCAUAUUUCUAUAUAUUAUAUUUCUAUAUACACAUGCGUGUGUAAAAUUGAAAGGACUUUUCUGAUGUAAAAAAAAAGUAUUAUAUAGAUUGACUUGAAUGUUUAAGAAUAAUGCGAAACAAACAUUUGAAGCGUUCGAAUUUCUUUUUCUUCUGUAAUUACAAACAAACAUACAACCAUGAAACCCCCUUCUCCUACCCCCCAUCCCCCAGCGAGGGUUUGGAACUAAAGACUGCAUGAUAUUUUUGCUAAAAGAAAGAUUUGCGAGAUACAAAAAAGGACAUCAUCAGAGCGUCUCAUUGGCUUUUUAUUGAUACACACUGUAUUCAGCCUUUCCCAACUGCAGCUCGUGAAAUCAGCGGUGGCUUGUGUGCUUUUGGGCGCCGACGGGGCAGAACACCCUACUCCCCAAAACCCAAUUCACUGCGCCGCCUAGCACCCCCUCCGCUGUCUCCCAUGGAAGAGACUUACGGAAAUUGUCCGUUUCUACACUGUACAGCAACCUCUUUUGGAUUAUGUGUUGUUUUCCUUGAUUUUUGCGAGAGAAUGAGUUUCUCUUUCUCAGACAUAAAGCUCUGGUCAAUGGUUUACACUGGACGGCCAUCACCGCGCGUUUGAAAACCACCCAAGAGUCCCACCCAGAGUCUUCUUUUUCAUUUCUUUCUUCAUGAUGUUUUCUGAGAGUGAUCUCCUUUGGGGUAUAUAUUUUUCAUUAUGGUUCUAAGGAUUCUGACAACUCUGGUUGCUAUUAUUUUGUGAAAAUUCUUUCGGGGGAGAGCGUUACUUAAACAUAGAGUUCUAGAGUUAGCGCAUUGCUAGGUAAUGAGCCACAGAUAUGCAUUGUUCAUUUGGUUUCUUUAUUUCGUUUGUUUCAUUUCAAGAAAAGAAAAAAGGCUUCAAGUGUACAUUCACUCAGUAUUCUCAUUGACAUGGUUAGGUAGUAUAAUUGUACUCUUGCUUUAUUCUUGUUCCUAGUGCAAUCCAUCUGUUUUGUAGAUACAGCUUUCAUGAGCAUCAUAUACAGCUUUGUGUUGUCUGAGGACAUAAGGGGGACCAUGGUGAGCUAUGUUGUUUGUCAGAGCUUGGAUUUAAAGUUAGUCCAUCAACUAUAUGAUGUAAAGAAAAAAGAGAAAAAAGAAUAUUGUGUAUUUAAAAACAGGAGAGGUGGGAAUUGUUUUUUUUUUUAUCUCAUAUUUAAGUCAAGAGAUCAGCCCAUAGUGUUACCUGAUAUUGUAUGUAGUAACUCGCUCAUUGUAGUGGCCCAUCCUGAGAACGAUUCAUGCUGUUGUUUUUCUGGUUCCUCUAACGUGCCUGUCUGAAAACCUGAAGGAGGUGUCCUCAGUCGAUCAUUGAAGUAAAAGAGGGUGGAACAGCCCUUGACUUUUGACGUUUCACUUUACUGCAGACCCACCCACAGCCCUGAUGUUACGCAUCUUAGGAUUCAAUCCCAAAGACUGAUGACAUCAGCACGAUCAGGAAAAAAUAAAAAGAGCUUCUGAGUCUUUUACGGGGCGAAAUGAGAUGUACGAUAAAAGCCAUGAACUGAAGUGACAACCAAAAAGGCCUAUAAUCCAUUCUUAUUUCAUUACUACUUCUUUUUUCUUUCCUCUGCCUCAAUUAGCCGCAUCUUUUUAGGGUUCCAUGCACCAUGUCAUGCUGCACGGCCUCCACCAAACCUCUGCCCAUCUCUACAUGAUCACAACGAGCCUACUGCACGUGCUAGUUGCUUCAAAAUCCAUACAAAGUCCACAGACCUACCACCCAUGGCUCCAUUCGGUCCAAAUUCAGAGGCAUUCAAUCUCUCCAAGACCCCGUGCUCAAAUUGCUCAAGCUGCACACGUAGACGAACACCAACUAGACAUCGCUUCUGUCGCAGCAAGAUUGGGUCAGCCAAGGAGGAAGUACAGAAUGCAGAUGUCUUGGGAUGGGAGGUCCGUUAGGAGGUCUAGUGGACCUUCAAGUGAUGUGGUGGGUUGAGACCUGUGAACUCUGCUGUAGUCCAUGUGGAGGACAUUCUGAGCAGGUCUCAGUCCUCAGAGCCAAGCAGAGUCCCCUAGCUCUCAACUCAGAUCAUACCACACCAUUCUUCACAGAAAGGACUUAUAGAGAGAGACUGAAUGCCAGACCAUUAAUAUGCUACACUUACUUUAAGAGGUGAAGGAAAUGAGGCAACAAAAACUUUACUGAGCAGAGUAAAGAGGCCACUAGUCUUCUAACAGCCGUCAAGUAAAGUUUUUUAGGACUUGAGGUUGUUAGAACUUGACUGAAAAUGCCUUUUUAUGUUAGUUCUUUGAUAUCCAGCAGGACCAUAGUCAGUUGGUAGUAGGUGCAAGCUGGAAAAUAUCUAAAGUGUAGCAAUGUAAAUUCAGUGAACCUGCAUUAAAUGAAAGAAAAUGGGGAUGAGAUGUGAAGUAAUCAAUCUGAUAAAGGCUUAUUAGAAUUUCUUAAUAGAAACCAAUGAGAUGACAUUCGGUGUGCUGCAAAGAUCUGUCAGAAAGGCAAAGUGUAAAAUUCAAAUGGAUUAGCUGGUGAAUAAAUUGCGCUGCAUGCUAUGGUUAACAUCAGGCUAACAUCUGAAUGCAAACUCCAUCACUAUGCUCAGCGCCUGAGGACUAGUGACUUGACAAAUCACAUCAUAGAUGGAGCCAAUGAGUUUGAAAUCAAAAGCCAGAGAUGAGGAAACAGGGUCUUAGGCCAUCGCAAACAUGAACAUUCCUUGAAUGCUUGGUAGCAUGCACCCAUGCAAGCACUCUUUCAUGUCAUUUGAAUGCCCCUGCCUUUAAACAAUAUGACUGCACAACCUGACAAAUAAGAGGAGAAAAUAUAUUUUUACAUCUGAUAAAAGUGCACUGUAGAUUUAUCAAUCAGCUAUGAACUUAACUAAGGUAUGGUAUUUCUCUUUCAUUGAUUGACCCUAGAACGAUAAGUAAUCAUUUGGUAGCGCAGUAGAUUGUCUGUAAAAAAACAAAGCUUUCCUGAAGUAGCUAGUACAAUUUGUUCAAAUGGGGAAAUGCACAGAUUGCACCUAGUCAGGGACUAAAAUUUAGUCCAUAACUUGGCUUAAUCUGCCCUCACUUUGUGUCUUAUGCUUUAGAAGUACAUGACGUACAAGUUUUCUAUAGUAUCUGUUCAAUUACUCAUUAUUUAACUACUACUUGUUUCCCACUAUAUUUGCCGUUUCUAUGCACUCUUACUCUGUGAUACUCUGAAAUGUCAUCGGUUGGGAUGCAUCUGUGCUCGGCCUAUUAAGGCUGAACAGUGAACAGAGCAGAGAUUUGCUGCAUAGCAGUGCUGUGUUGUUCUGUGCCAUACAGAUAUGGUAACUAAGAACAGAUAAUAGGAACUUUGGCUUUGCAGUUUGUCAAGCCAGUAAGCAUGUCAUCUCCAGAUAUUCUGUUGCUCAUCAGCAUGUUCUUGUAGCACCAGCACACAGCUAAUUUACAGUGAUCUUGGUCAAAUUUUAGGUAGAAUGCUGGUUUGUUUGGGAUCAUUUGUUGCCCUCCAAGAUCUGCCUUAAUUAGAUCAUGAAAGUGUUUUUACACAGUGGAGUAUAUUAUCAGAGCAAUACAAUGCAAAUACCACGCAGCAAGUUAAUUCAAGCCUUAAUGGUCACAGUAGUCUUUAUAAUCAUGAUUAAACAUUGAUUAUGAAUCAGUAGACUGAGGUAAAUCAAAGACAACAUUGGUUGCUGCAAACAUUUAAAACAGGCAUUCAUUUUUAAUCAAUGUAGAUCUCUUUUUAUCUUAUAGUGAAGUUCAUACACCACAGUAAGUAUCCUGUACUGGUAAAAGUAUUUCCCAGAAAAGUGUUACAGUGCUAAAGUGUUAGCAAAAAGCUAUUUAGCUGGUUAGCAAACCCAGCUAAAUCACUAGAUCCAUGUCUGAAACUCAUUUAGUGCAGUACUGUUGUUAAUGCUACCAAAAUGGAAUAGCCACGUGAGAUAGCUCUCAAUUUACUCUUAUUAUUCACUUAGCUAACUGUUCCAGAAAUGUGUUAGGCUAUUAAAAGGUUAGCAAAUGCUAAUACUUUCCCAACUUAGCAAAUCACAUUAGCAUUUUGACUUUAUCGUGAAGUUUACAGUUUCAUGCUAGUGCUGGAAUCAACAUUGACAUAUUUUUAAGACCGAUAUGCUAGUUUACAGUGGUCGACUGGCCAAAAUACUCAAACAUGUAGCAACACCAGGCUGGAAAGGUGGUGUUUGUCUUGUGGCAAUCCUUGCGGAUUAGCUAAGCACUGUAGUCAUGUUUCCCUGUUUGUUUUUGCUCGUUUUUCAGUCGAAGAUUGAACAGUGUGAAAAAAAUAGGCCUACUCGUGAUAAAGCUUCAGAAAUGAGCUUCUGAAAAACACACUUUCAUUUGUUUAGCACUACUACCGACUACUGCAUCAUGUCUUUGUCAUGUUGUUGAGUUUGGUAAUGAAGAACCCCCAUCUCUUUGCCUUGUCUCAGACAUUUUGGUCAAUAGUCCUGCUCUCCGGCAAGAUCACAAUGCUAUUUUGAUGGCGAGUUAGUAACCCCGUUAGCAUCUCUGAGGAUGAAUUACUCCUAGCAUCUGAGAGUACUGUCGUGUUGCAUACCAUAAAAACUGUGAGUUAGAGAGGUAAUUACACUUCUGAUGCUAAGCUAACCUCUGUAUCGAGCAUAACAUCUUAUCAGUUCAGAGUACAUAGGACUUAUAUAUGGAUUUUCUUUCUCUGACUAAGCUUCAGUUCUCUUUGGGGAAUUAUUCUUCAGUUGUAGAUAUUAUUGCAGGCGCCAUCACGGAUUCCUUCUGCAAUGAUGGACAUGCCAUGCUCAAACAAUAUUCAUGUAAAGAGCAUCUUACUAAGAGACUUACGAAUGACAUUACGUCAAGGUAGCACUCUGGUCACUGAGGUGAUUGUUGGCCUUUUCUGGAGAAUGUGUCACAGUGUUAGACUCGGUUCACUGAAUUGUUCUGUGUCUUAAUGGUUUAGGAAUAACUAAGAUCCUAAGAUCUAUUUGAUUUUGUUUAUCUCUUUGUUAAU